UGUCACAUGACUUGAACUGUCCAAACUAGUUUUAAGUAAAAAUAAUCAAUGAUACUACUGGGUUGCGUUGGGUAGGAUUUUUACAUUUUAUAAACGCAUUAUAUGGUUGCGUUUUAUUUGAUUUUGUAAAAAUUCUUAGUUGACGGCAAUGGAUAAAGUAGUUUGCGAAAAACAUGGAAUUCUGUGUAUGCUGAAAACUGGAGUUCGAGAUGGACCCAACAAAGGGAAGAGUUUUUACAUUUGUGGAGCCCAGCAUGGGCAGUGUCUAUAUACGAAGCUGACUGAAUUAUACUUUCGAUGUGUCAAGGGAAAAGCAGAUGGAAGAAAGUGGUGUGGAAAAGUGCCAUGGCAGGAUCAGAAAUCUAAAAAGUCACCAGCUGAACAAAAUUCCUGUAAGGUAAUACAGAAGUCCCAGAAACCUGAAAAUGAAAGAAAUCCAUUCCAGACUGUAAACAAACAGCAGAAUAUGCCUGUCUGGAAAGCUAUUGGUCAAGAAAUGGCUCUGAAAGAGAGAGAGAAAGAGCAACCAACAGAAAAGCAAGUGAUCGAAACAACAUCAUGGAGGGAAAAGCCCCUUCCAGCAGGAAUCAAAAUAAAGUCAUGUUCUGAAAAAACACGAAAGAAUGUAGGUGAGAAUGAGAAGUCCUGUGAGGUUAAAAAUGAAGACUUAUUGAAUAUGGACUCUAAUAAGAAUUUUGACAAAUUAAAAUUACAGAAUCCCAAAAGUUUGAAAUCUGAACCACUAGUUACUCGAGAAGAAAUAAAUAUUAAACGAGACUCGCAGGAUCAAGAAAAAAAUAAACACAUGAAAUCUGACAGAAACAGUUCAGUCAAGAAAGAUAAAGCAAAGAUGCAGCAUGUGACAGAGGGCAGCAAAGAAAAUUCUGAUACCUUUUGUAAGGGUAAAGUAUCAGAGGAACCAAGACACAAAAAAACUCAUGACAUUAAAUGUCAUGCUGGCAUGAGCGAGAAGCAUAAUACACUGGAAAAUUUCAAAAAAGCAGCUCAAAAACUUGAUGAAAAUCGUGUUGGCAAAGACUUGAAAUUCCCUGUCGACAAAUUUAAAAAUUCAUCUUCAAGCAAUGAAACAUCUACAGGCAAAGGAAAUGUCAGUGAAAAUUAUACUAAUGUUGAUGGUGGUCAGAAGGUCUUGGCUUCUUUAGUCACAUCUGCACAGAAGUCGUCUUUUAAAUCAAAUGAAGCUCCAGAAAAAUCUGGAAUGGUCAGUGACUCUAACUCUCCUGAGGGGUCUUCAGUUUCAGAUGGACAGACAUUAACAGAGAGCAAAAAUACUAAAGAUCGUGGUGACGGUAGUGGUGAAGAAAAACUUGGUUCCAUCAAACUAGAACAGAAGAAGCUGCUUAAUUCAGUCAAACCAGAACAGAGCAAGCCCAUCAGGCUGACCAUCGAGAAGGAAAAAUCUGUCAAGACCUCCAAGCACAACUCAUCAGUAGACUGUUCAUUCUUAGAUGAACAGAAUUCUACAGUGGGAAUAAGCACCACUCAAAAUGAUGUUAGCAGUGGUAAUAGAGAAAUAUCAGUUAUUUCUACCAUAACAGAGCAGCACAAAUCUUUCAGACAGAAUAAAGUUACAGAAAAAUCUGAAAUUGUCUGUGUAUCUGACUCAUCCAGAGGUUCUGCAGUAUCAAGUGCUGAGAUGACAGAUUCCAAAACAAAUGGUAUUGUUGUUGAGCAAAAACUUGGUUCCAAGCAAGGACAGAGUAGCAAAUCAGUAGUACAGGAUGAAUCUUUGCAAAAAUGUAAAAAGGACAAUGAAGUUGGCUUGGACACAGAUCCUACAGUUUCAUCUGGAUGUGUUUCUACAGAUGGAAUGAAUGUUGCAAAAAAUGUCCUUGGCAGUGGUGACCAAGCACGUUGCUCUAUCAAACCAGAACUGGACAGCACCAUGAAGCAGACUGAGACUUCAGGAAGAAAUUUCAUUGUUGGAAGCCAUGAGCUGCCCAGAACUUCUCCAUUUUCUAGUGGAGUCGUAUUGACAGAAGAAGCAGACGUUAUGAAAAAUAUUUGUGGUUACCAUGGUGGACUGCUAGAUACUUCUGUUAAACCAGGGCAAAGCAAGUCUGUUAUUAAACCAGAGGAUUCAGAACUUUCUAAUGUCAACACUAGUUAUGACUCCCUUAAGAAUUAUCCUGCUGAAAGUGGACAGGCUUCAACAGAAGGAGCACUUACUAAAAAAGAAUGCACUUAUAAUACUUGUGAAGGUGACGUGAGUUUUGUAAAACCGGGACAAAGCCAAAUAAUCAGACAGAAAGAAGGUACUGGAAAAUCUGUACUGUUGACUGGACAGAGAGUGCUAACUUCAUUUCCAGGAUUUUCUUUUUCUUUGCAGACAUCUGAUGCACAAGAUCCUUUUGUUCUUCACAGCCAGCUGUCUACACAACUUAAACAGAAAAAGGCAACACUGGCAGCUGUGAAUGUUGGAGCACUACCUGAUAAAGGCCAAAGGUUAAUAAAUCAAGUGAAGGAGUUAGAGGAUGCACUUGGCUCGCUUAGCCUGUCCACUGUAACAGGCAACAAACAAGCUAACAGUGAGAAAUCAAAUUUUCAAGAAGUUGUGUCUGCCAACCAGUUUAAUCCAUUUAGUAUCCGGGGAACUACUGAACAAGUGGGCACUACGCAGAUAAUGAGGCCACCAGCCAUCCAGGAUUUAAAAUCGAAUUCUUUGGGAUUACAUUUUCACACUGCUGCUUCUCGUUUGGGAUCUGGUCAGAACUACGGCCAUGUUUACGGAGUGAACCCUCAGCAGCAUACUUUCUAUGGUGGCAGAAUGACCGAGGAUCGGCUCCUUGCAGUUCGAAAUGUUACAGGUGAAGCCAUUGACCAUCUGCAUAGGUCUCUGGAAUCUUGUCCCACUGCAGAGACCACUUGUGAUGAUCCUCCAGGUUUAAAGGUUUGUUUAUUGCCCCAUCAGACGCAGGCACUUGCUUGGUUGCUGUGGAGAGAGACAGAGAAACCAGCAGGAGGGAUUUUAGCUGAUGACAUGGGCUUAGGAAAGACCUUAACUAUGAUAGCACUUAUUCUGGCCCAGAAACAUAAGGACAACAAGAAAGAAGAUACAAAAUUGGAAAAAUGGAUUUCGAAACAUGAUGCAUCCCUUGUUCCCUCACAUGGGACUUUGAUAAUCUGUCCAGCCUCACUGGUUCAUCACUGGAAGAAAGAGAUUGAGAGGCACGUCAGUGGGAGCAAGUUGAGAGUCUGCCUUUACCAUGGCCAGAACAGAGAAAAGAAUCCUCAUGUGUAAGCACUGCAUUUUUCAAAAUUCCCUUAUCA